CUGAUAAUGAUGCGUACUGUGACUUGCACUUCGAAAGGGGAGGGAGUAUCAGCGCAAAUAUUCCUCCUAUGGAACUACUCUGUAUCGUGAGCGCUUCGAAUGCUUUUCUGCUUGAUCCGUAAUAAGUCGAUUAAUCCUACAAAAGCCAAGUGAAGUUCGCUGCUUGAGAUAUUCAACAUGACGCUUCUUCUUCAUCAACCAAGUUCAAAGCAGUCUCUACACUCUUACAGCCUUAUCUAUUUCCCAUUUUCGCCCAAGAGCCGAGAUUCUCCCUUUCCAUUACGGUGCUUCUAUCAAGUCCCCAGAACGAUAUCAUCUAACCUCCCGCGUAUCGUAAUUCGUCAUUGUGUUUUUAAGUUGAGCAUCCGAUCGCAAGAGCAGCAUCUUACAGAGGUCACUUACUAAAAGGGGCAUAAAUGGAUGGACUCAACGACUACCGAACGGCACGGGUUGCCGAACUCCUCGAAGAGUUUCGAACUCUCCAAUAUUACAUCGCCAACGUUCCAGUAGACCCCCCUUACGCAAACGAUUAUCAUACCGAAGGUUGGGCUGCUCUACGCCAGUGCGCUCUAGACGGUCAACACAUCCUCAACUGUGCGGCGGACGUAACAGUGCCCCGAGCCAGAGGCGGCGAGUUAGAGCAAAGAAAGGCAGAGUUGAAGCAAAUCCUCUUAGACGCCUACUCCCGCAGACACGAAGCCCAGAAGAUCUACCUCCGCCAGGCAGCGGCACAGAGAUGGAUUGACUACAGGGAAGGAGUCCUCCAGGGUCAGCGGCCGAACUCUGCAAAUCGACAACAGCUAAGAGCCUGUGACGAACUGCUACGACAAGAACUCUCACAGGUCACAGACGAAGUCGUUUAUCAACAGCUUCAGAGUGGCGACGUAAGCAUGGGUCAUUGGACGGGCGAAGACCCAAGCCUAUCGGCGGUUCGGCGAUGGGUGCGGGCACGCCCACAUACGACUUAGCCACCGCGCCGAGGUAAAGUAUGCGAGCACACGGCGUAUCGUACUACUUGAAGGCUAGCGGCUCGCUGUUAGCUUCGACUCUGAUGCGGGACUACGAUACAGGGUGUACGAUGGGAUCAUUUCUUAGAGUAUAAAAGUUUUUUUUUCCCCGUGAAUAUCAAGGCCAAGAGGAGGACUCAAGUAGGCGACAUCGGAACAUUCAAGGCGUUAACAUGGGUAUCAAGGGAAAUACAGUCGUUACGAUAAACAUACAGGGUCAUAGGCUUGUGGAUUGCUUCUAUAAAAAAAAGAAAAAACUGUUGAUAGGAGCCCUCCGAAAAGGGGGGUCCAACGAGGUCGAAUGGGGACUGCCAGGCGCAGCAUCGGCAAAUGUAGAUAACCUGUCUGAUACUGGGCAUGGUAUAUAGAGUUGACUUAGACUAACAAAAGUGCUACCGAGGCACAAGAAUAGCAAUCGUUUCAAUAUAUUCCAUCU